AUGUCCAAACUUGAUUCUCUUUUGAAAGAAUUGCCUACACGAACAGCUCAUCUAUACCGCAGCAUAUGGCAUAAAUACACAGAAUGGCUGAAAACGAUGCCCGAUCUCACCGGCGCAGACCUGAAACUUUUCUUGUCUCAAAAGUACAUUGUCAAAUAUAUUGCUUCGCAUGAUGAUAUCGCGAAGGAUCCAUUACCUACUUGUGACGCCAUGAUUUGGUUCUCUCGUGCUUUGGACAUCGAAAAUAACGAUGUUCUUGUAUUACAGCAACGGUUAUACGGUCUAGUGAAAUUGUUAGAGUUUGAUUAUUCUAAUGUUAUUGCUAUCUUACAAAAGAUUUCUAUCAAUUUAUGGAAUCCCAGUACGGAUUCCUUACAAUCAAAACACUUCAAGACUUGCCAGGAUAAGCUAAAACUACUCUUGGAUUUCCAAUGGAAAUUCAAUACGAAUGUGUCUUUCGAAGACAGAACUACUGUGUCGUUGAAAGAUUUACAAUGUAUAUUGGAUGAUGAAAAUGGUAAAUGUGGAUUGGCGCAUUCUAGUAAACCUAAUUUUGUUCUUGUUCCCAAUUUCCAAUCACCAUUUACUUGUCCAAUCUUUACCAUGGCAGUGUACUAUUAUCUACGAUUCCACGGUGUGAAAAAGUACUAUAAAGGGGAUGGUUACCAGAUCCUUUCACAAUUAGAACAUAUACCAAUAAUUAGAGGGAAAUCCUUGGAUCAAUAUCCUCGUGAAUUGACUCUUGGGAAUUGGUACCCAACUAUCUUCAAAUAUUGUCAGCUUCCGUACACUAAAAAACAUUGGUUCCAAGUUAACCAAGAGUGGCCUCAAUUCCCCGAUUUCAGUGACAGUUCAGAGAAUACAAGUACUCUGGCUGAAUCAGAUUCAGAAAACACCAUUGGUAUUCCUGACUUUUACAUUGAAAAGAUGAAUCGUACUAAACUUCAACCUUGCCCGCAGGUUCACGUGCACUUGUUCCCCACAGACUUACCGCCCGAUAUUCAGGCAGUGUUCGAUCUUUUGAACUCAGUGCUAGUCACUAGCUUACCACUUCUCUAUAGAGUGUUUCCCACACAUGAUAUUUUCUUGGACCCAUCCUUAAAGACACCGCAGAAUAUCGCUUUUCUUACCGGCACUCUGCCGCUUGACAUAGAGUCUCAAGAGCACCUUUUGGCUCAACUCAUCGAUAAAACUGGUACUGUCUCCGAAUUAGUGCCUAAUCCUGUCAAGAUAGAUCAAAAUGAACAUACUCUGACACCUAUUGGUACCUCACUGUCACAGACUGAUAUUCCUAUGCUUGACCAACUAAAAACCGAAUUACAAAAGUUGAUUCAAUUACAGACUUCGACCGGCUUUUCUCAAUUGAUUACUGUCCUUCUUGAGAUAUUCCAAAGGUUGGAUUUCAAGAAAUCUAACAAGCAAUUUGUAAUUGAUUUAUUACAAUCAUGCAGAAAGGACAUGAGAAACAAACUCAUGGACCCAUGUUCUCUUUCGACUAAUUUUGCUGAUGAACUCAGCGAUGAUGAAAAUGAGAAAGGAAAUAAGACAGGAGCCAUUUAUGAUCCUGAAACUGAUAAUGGUAAUGAAGAGUCUGUGAGCGAUUAUGAACCAUCUUUUAAGAAAUCGAAGCCAAAUUAUACAGAAGAACCUUUAUCUGAUGAUGAAAACAUGGAGGAAGUUGCUCAAUUGGUAAAUCAGCUCAUAACUAGGAAAUUUAAUGAAAAUUUGGAACAGCAAACUGAUCGGAUUAUCAGUUCUAUACAACCAACGCUUCGUGACAUGGUCCGUACUGAGGUUGCAGAUGCACUAAACCUUUCCCUAAGAGAAGCUUCGCGUGACAGUGUCAACAAGAAAAACAGUGACGAAAACUUUCAGAAUUAUUCCUUAACAGAAGAUCAUUUUGAGAUGAAUCCCGACUGCUCUGACAUCAAAUCAAUUAUUCUAGAAUGGUUUACCCCAAAUCGUGAAUGCGUGCAUUCGAUGAACAAGAAAUAUGGAAACAAAUGGCGACUGACAGAACCAAAUCUGUCCUUGUACAGGAUACGGAAGCCAAUUGUUCAGUAUUACAUACAUCUAAUCAAUGUAGAAAACCUCAAUAAGUUUGACGCAUUGAAUAAGCUCGAAGCCGUGCUCGAAAAGCAUCACUCCGUUCCGCUUCUCUCUUCCUUCUUGGAGAAAGCCAAGAAAAACGGCUAUGCAUCUGUCACGUGA